AACCUGAACUGAUUCAUUAAGAUUCAACAGUGCACCCCAGAUCCUUGAAUAGAACAGACGUAUGAGCCAAGCUCCGUUUGUUCAACCAAGGCUGGGGGACGGGCACUUCAUGGACAGCUCUCAGAAGGCUUACAACAUGUGGACUUACAUGUAUCUACAAAAUCAUAUCUUCAGGAAUACAGAAUACAGAAGAAUACAACAAUAAACCAUUAAUGAGUCUGAUACUCAAGGUGUUUCUAAGGUUUGAAAACACUGGAACUGUAGAACAGAGGAUAAGAACAGAGCAGUGUGGUUCCACCUCAGUACAGCUGGUCCAACUACCUAUACACUCUGAUACUGCAGGUGUUUCUAUGGUUAGAGACACUGGAACUGUAGAACAGAGGAUAAGAACAGAGCAGUGUGGUUCCACCUCAGUACAGCUGGUCCAACUACCCACACACUCUGAUACUCCAGGUGUUUCUAUGGUUAGAAACACUGGAACUGUAGAACAGAGGAUAAGAACAGAGCAGUGUGGUUCCACCUCAGUACAGCUGGUCCAACUACCCACACACUCUGAUACUCCAGAUGUUUCUAUGGUUAGCAACACUGGAGCUGUAGAACAGACCAGAGAAUCAGAGAGAUGUAGUUCCACCUCUAUACAGCUGGUUCAACUACCUACACACAAAUAUCUCAGGUUACAACAGAUCAGAGAAAUAAACCAUUGAUGAGAUAGAUAUCUCAGGUUUACAGUAGAAUCAGAGAUAUGUGGUUCCACCUCAGUACAGCUGGUUCAACUACCCACACACUUUAAUACUCAAGAUGUUUCUAAGGUUAGAAACACUGAAGCUAUAGAGCAGACAAUGGAAUCAGAGCAAUGUAGUUCCACCUCUAUACAGCUGGUUCAACUACCUACACACUCUAAUGUCCCAGGUGUUCCUAUGGUUAGAAACACUAGAGGCUCCGAGGAUUGCUGGAACUAUAGAAUGGAUAAUAGAAUCAGAGCAAUGUAGUUCCACCUCUAUACAGCUGGUUCAGUUCCCUAAACCCUCUAAUAUUCCAGGUGUUUCUAUGGUUAGAAACACUGUGGACUCAGAAGAUAAUACAGGCCAAUGAAUCCAGGUGAAAGGAGAUCAUGAGGAUCUAUCAAGUAGAUGGGAGAUCAACCGAGAUGCAGAGCAUCCUAAAGAUCAAGGAGAUAGCAAGUAGAUGGGAGAUCAAUCGAGAUGCAGAGAAUCCAACAGAUCAAGGAGAUAUCAAGUAGAUGGGAGAUCAACCGAGAUGCAGAGCAUCCUACAGAUCAAGGAGAUAUCAAGUAGAUGGGAGAUCAAUCGAGAUGCAGAGCAUCC